AUGAACAGUCAAUUCAAGAUUCAAGAAUAUCUCAAUGCAAAUCCAGUGAAAGUGCAGGCAAGUGUUCAUGGGAGAUCAGUAAGAAGCGCGGGUAGCUCGUCCGUAUCUUCAAAACGACUUGAAGUCGAGGAAAAAAGGAUUGAGCUUGAGGCAAAACGACAAGCAAUGAAACGUAAGCGAGAACUUGAAAUGGCAAAAACGGCAUUACAGUUAGAUGAAGAUGAACUUCAAAUGCAAACUGAAAUAGCUGUAGCUGAUGCAAAAGCUAUUAUAUACGACAAUUUUGAAAAGGGUGAAAUUGACCAUGUUGAAACUCCAAAAGUAAAACUUGAAAAUGUUGAAUUGAAAUCAAAACCUUUGCAAAGUACAGUACAGCCAGCUAUCGAAACAGCAAUUUUAGAUCCGAUGGCAAAAGUAUUUCAACCAGUUGAAAAGAAAUCAGAUAUUUUGAAGGAAACAAGUAAGUUAGAUUUCGUGAAUCUACCGUCCGUCAACAUGAUCAAAAACAAUAUUAAACUUCCGAAAGAGAAUGUUCAUGAAUCAUACGGACCAACUCAAAGUGACGAUAUAACAUCUGCGCCAAUUCAAAAUUCGGCUAUAAAUACUAACAGUAGUGUAGAAACAGCCUUUCAAAGUAUGGUGCAGCAUUUGAGAAAACCGACACCGGAAAUAAGGAAAUUUAGCGGAAAUCCAUUGGAAUAUAGGAAGUUUUUAAGACAAUUUGAAUCAAAGGUUGUUUUGAACUGUGAACAAGAUGAUGAGAAGAUGAAUUACCUCGAGCAGCUGACAUUUGGAGAAGCACAUAAGGUAGUAUCUAGUUACAGUCACCUGCCAGGCGAUAGAGCAUAUAAGGCAUCAAUGCAUCAUCUUGAAGAGCGAUAUGGUGAUACAGACGUGAUGGCCUCAGCCUUUAUUAAAAAGGCUUUGGAUUGGCCUAAUAUUAAAUCAGGAGAUAUUCAAUCCUUGGACGAAUUUGCAUUGUUUUUGGUUAAAUGUCAGUAUGGCACGGAGAGUAUGGAAGCCGGAAGUGUUUUAGAGUAUUCUGAAAAUAUCAAACGUCUGAUGUCAAAAUUGCCCUUCCAUAUGCAUGAUCGCUGGAGAAAUGUUGUUUUUCGUGUAAAGGAUUCACAUAGAACAGUUAAGUUUAAUGACUUUGUGAACUUUGUAAAAGCAGAAGCCAAGAAAGCUACAGAUCCGACAUAUGGCAACAUUGCCAUGAAUUAUUCAAAUUCUAGAAAUACGAAUCAACAGCGACAACAUGGACAAAAGGUUUCAAAUGUAUGUGAUGUGGCAAAAAAGGCACCUAGUACUGAGAUGCGCUGUUCCUAUUGUGAAGGUACACAUGCUUUAGACAAAUGUAAACGACUUACAGCUCGUCCGCGUGAAGACCGAAUUGCUUACUUGAAAUCUAAGGGAUAUUGUUUUGGUUGUCUUAAGAAAGGCCAUAUGAGUAAUAAAUGCAAUAGGAGACUCAAAUGCUCAAUAUGUGCGCGACUUCAUCCAACUAUACUUCAUAUUGACAAUCAAAUUAACAAACAAUCAUCGUCACAGCAAGAGCCAUCUGUUAAAAAGGAUGAUCCUCAAAUACCCACAAAUCAUGAAGGCACACAGCCAGUUGUAGUUAGCUCCAUUAGUAGUGAUAAAGGGGCUGGUGAUGUGAAUUGUGCUAUGGCAAUUAUCCCUGUGCGAGUUAAAUUGAACAAUAGAUCCCAGAGUGUCGAGACUUAUGCUUUCUUCGACUCAGGCAGUAGCAUAACAUUUUGUAGCCAGAAGUUAAUGCAACAACUUGGAGCUAAUGGAAAGAAAACUCAGAUAACUAUAAGUACAAUGGGAAACACACAAACUAUUAAUACAUGUGCAAUUAAUGGCCUUCAAGUGUCUAGUCUGUCAAUGGAACACAUGGUGGAUUUGCCUAAAGUAUAUACUAAGGAAAACCUGCCCGUAUCAAAGGAGCAUAUUCCUACUCAAAGAGAAAUCAAGAAAUGGACUCAUUUGGAAUCAGUGGAUAUCCCAGAGAUUGAUGCGGACAUAGGAAUUAUGAUAGGUAACAACGUACCGGAUGCUUAUACACCGUUUAACGUAUGCACGGGACCGAGCGGCUCCCCACAUGCCACAAACACGAGACUUGGAUGGAUAUUAUGGAACGUUAUAAGAGACAGUUCAAGCUUUGAAGUGAAUAGAGUUCAUAUGCAAAAUGAAGGAUGUGAUGAAACACAGUUGAACUUAUUAAUGCAGAGCAUUAACUUAGACUUUCCAGAACGAAUGAACGAAGACAAAAGAGAGAAUUCUAUUGAUGAUAAAACAUUCAUGCAGCAAGUUGAGAGCUCUAUACAUUUAGAAAAUCAGCACUACUGCAUAGCACUUCCGUUUCGAGACCAGCAUGUUGUUUUUCCGAAUAAUUCAGUACAAGGCAUAAAAAGGCUAAAUGGACUCCGACACAAGUUUGCCAAGAACGAUAACUUCAAACAACAGUACUGUGAUUUCAUGUCAAAGAUAAUUGAGAAAGGCUAUGCAGAACCUGUACCUACUGAAGAUGUAGAUAGAAAUGAUGGCAAAGUUUGGUACCUACCGGACCAUGGAGUUUACCAUGCGAAAAAACAGGACAAAAUACGAGUUGUUUUCGUUUGUUCUGUAAAAUACAUGGGCAUUUCUUUGAAUAGUCAGCUAUUACAGGGUCCAAACCUUGCUAACAAUCUUUUAGGCGUACUUAUCAGAUUCCGACAGGAUAAAAUAGCAGUCUUAGGUGACAUCGAAUCAAUGUUUUACCAGGUGAAGGUUCCAGUUGAGGACAGAGACUUUUUACGUUUCUACUGGUGGGAAAACGGAAAUGUUGAUACUGAACCUAAAGAAUACAGGAUGACAGUACAUUUGUUUGGGGCUACUUCUUCACCGAGUUGUAGUAAUUACGCUCUACAAAAUACGGCAAAAGAAAACAAGGAUAGAUUUGAUUCUUCAGUGAUUGAUACACUGACAAAGAACAUGUAUGUAGAUGAUUGUUUGAGUUCUACCGAUACAGAAGAAAGUGCUAUAUCGCUUAUUAAGAAUGUAACUGAAUUGUGCAAAGAAGGCGGAUUCAAUAUGACUAAAUGGACAAGUAACAGUCAAAAUGUUGUGCAAUCCAUACAUGAAAAGGAUUGCGCAAGAAAUAUAGAGGAAUGGAAUUGUGGAGAUGAUAGUCUCACCGACCGUGCACUUGGAGUGUAUUGGUAUAUAAAAGAUGACAAACUUGGAUUUCACAUAAACAUUAAAGAAAAACCGUCAACAAGACGCGGAAUUCUCAGCAUAGUCAGCUCAAUCUAUGACCCUAUUGGUAUCGUUUCUCCGUUUGUAUUGACAGCCAAAUCUAUACUACAAGGAUUGUGUAAGAAAGAAAUUGGAUGGGAUGAAGAAAUUCCCAACAGCGAACUUUCGUCAUGGAACAAAUGGCUCAGUCAGCUUAAGGGAUUGGAAAACAUUAAAAUAGAUAGAUGA